CAUUGUCUAUAUAUAAGUCUGAACUAUGAGUCAACAAUUAGUGCUCUGAGCAGAUUAUUUCCUACUUUCUUCUGAUAUUUUAGCCUACCAGUAGUAAUUACACUUGCAAUGGCUGUUAAGCUCACUGAGGAUCAAAAGAAAAAUUUAAAAAAGACCUUUGAUAAAUAUGAUGCAGACAAAAAUGGGCAGUUGACAGCUGUAGAGCUCUACGAUGCCUUCAAGUCUGCUGGCCUUCCAGUGUCUAAGCUACAAGUUGCUAACAUGAUGGGAAAGUAUGAUACUGACAAAAGUGGCACUAUCGACUUUGACGAGUUCUUGGCCUACAAUGAAAUAGAGGCAUCCAAGGAAAAGUUUGAUGAGUACGACAAGAAUGGUGAUGGUUACCUUGGACCAGAUGAGCUAGUGAAUGUUGCUAAAAAUUUGAACUACAAAUCUGUUACUGCUGCAUCUAUCAAAGCCCUCAUAGAUUCUAUAGAUGAAAACAAAGAUGGCAAGAUCAGCUUUACAGAAUUCCUUUCUCUCAGCGCCAAGUAGAGCAGAGCAAGUUAUAUAUUGACUCAAUGAUUAUUUUCAUAGUUAUUGUGUAGUAAUAGCAGCUAGUUUAGCUUAGCCAUAGUAUAAAAUUUA